AUGGGUAAACAACAAAAGAAACAUAGUAAAGGUCGUUUAGAUAGAUACUAUUACCUUGCGAAAGAAAAAGGGUACAGAGCUCGUUCUUCUUUUAAAAUCAUUCAAAUUAAUGAAAAAUAUGGACAUUUUUUAGAAAAAUCCAAAGUUGUUAUAGAUUUGUGUGCUGCUCCAGGUUCUUGGUGUCAAGUAGCUUCACAAUUAUGUCCCGUUAAUUCAUUAAUUAUUGGGGUUGAUAUUGUACCAAUUAAGCCAUUACCUAAUGUUAUUACUUUUCAAUCAGAUAUUACUACUGAAGAUUGUAGAAGUAGAUUAAGAGGUCAUAUGAAAACUUGGAAAGCAGAUACUGUAUUACAUGAUGGUGCUCCUAAUGUUGGUUUGGGUUGGGUUCAAGAUGCUUUCACACAAUCUCAAUUAACUUUACAAGCUUUAAAAUUAGCAGUUGAAAAUUUAGCCGCAGGAGGAACAUUUGUUACCAAAAUUUUCAGAUCAAGAGAUUAUAAUAAUUUAAUGUGGGUUUUCCAGCAAUUGUUUGAAAAAGUUGAAGCAACUAAACCACCAGCUUCAAGAAAUGUAUCUGCAGAAAUUUUCGUUGUUUGUAAAGGAUUUAAAGCACCAAAGAAAUUAGAUCCUCGAUUAUUGGAUCCAAAAGAAGUUUUUGAAGAAUUAGGAGCUGAAAAACAAAACAAUGAAGCAAAAGUGUUCAAUCCUGAAAAAUUUGCUAGUACCAGACAAAGACAAGGUUAUGAAGAAGGUGAUUAUACAUUAUAUCAUACUAUGCCAAUUAUGGAAUUUAUUAAAGAAGAAGAUCCAAUUGAUAAAUUAGGUACUUUGAAUAAAUUUGAUAUCCCUGAUAAAAAUGAAGAUCAUGAAUGGAAAAUUAUUACCAAGCUGAAGAUUUUCACUCCUGAAUUAGCUGAAUGUGCCAAAGAUUUGAAAGUUCUUGGUAAAAAAGAAUUUAAACAUUUGAUCAGAUUCCGUCAAAAGGCUAGAGAUUUAUUAGGAUUGAAUGAUAAAGUUGACAAAACACCAAUUGAUGUCGAAGAAGAAUUGAAUGAUGAAGAAAAAAUUGAUAGAGAACUUCAAGAACUUAUGCAAAAAAUGGAGAAACAAAAACAAAAAAGAGUCAAGAAAUUAAGAGAAAUUAAAGCUCAAAGCAAACAAGCUAGUAAGAAUGUGUUUGAAUUUGAUUCUAUUUUCGCUGGUUUGGAAUCUUUUGGAGAUGAUAUUUUCAUUCAAAAUGAAAUGGAUAAUAAAGCUGCUGCUGAAUCAGGAGAUAUCGAUGCGGGUAUUGAAAUUGAUGAAGAUGAUUCUAAAUCCAAAAAUGGUGCUGACGAAGAAGAUGAAGAAGAACUUGAAGAAUUUGAUGGACCAGAUCAAGAUGAUUUGGGAGAUCUUCCAGAUAUUGAUCCUAUUCCAUCAUCAGCACGUGGAGCUACACUUGAUGAAGAUUCACCAGAAUUUUUCACAUUGGCACAUAAAGUUGCAUUAGGACAAAAACAUGAUGUUAUUGAUUCUUCAUUUAAUAGAAAUUGGGGAUUUGAAGAUGAACGUGCUAUUACUGAUGGUAUUUCCAAUGCUGCACUUCUCUCUAAGAAAGCAUUAAAAAAUAAAAGACUGUUAUCAAAGAAGGCACUUGAAGCAGUUGCUAGAAAGAAGAUGAAGAUGCAAAAGAAAUUUGAGAAAUUGAAGAGUAUUGAAGAUGUAUCUGAUUAUAAUAAGAUGGUUAAGAAGAUUAGUAAAAAACCACAAAAGAAGAAAGUUACUGUUAUUGUUGCUCGUGGGUCGAAUCGUGGUUUAUCUGGACGUCCAAAGGGUGUUAAAGGUAAAUAUAAGAUGGUUGAUGGUGUGCUGAAGAAUGAACAACGUGCAUUGAAGAGAAUUGCAAAAAAGAGAAAGUAA